AUGAAUCUCAAUGAGUUCAUCAAGGCUUUCUUAGAUCAUGUCAGACAUAUCAAAGAAGAUGAAUCAUUCAUAAUUGCAGGUUUGACAGAUAUUUAUAAUGACAUCCUUCAAGCGAAUGAUGUAGACAAGCUUCAAUGGAAGCACUUCACUUCAUUUAUCAUUGAAAACGUAGUAGAAAGCGAUAUGGAAGAUUUUACGAUCCCAAGUAAAUACAUAUCCAAGAUCAUCUCAAAAUAAGUUUGAUAACAUUUAUAGCUCUAUUGAGCUAACUAAACAUAUUCCCACUGUCAUGGGAGGUAGUCAGAGUUGUCUUAGAAGGUUCUCUCCAAGUACUAAGAUAAUGGAUUCUAUCCAUCAUAACCAAGGGAUUAAGAAGAUAAUCACAAUCCCUGUAAAUAAAACCGUAGCGUGACUUGACAAUUUAACAGAAUAUAUAAAGAUCUAUGAUGAAGAGUGUAAUUUACAGAGGAACUUAGGUCCAAAGAAAAAGGACCCAAAGAUCGAUAAUGCAGUCUUACACUUUGCCUAUUCAAACUAUGAGAAAAGAAUAGGUGCUUGCUUGUUUGACCAUAGGCUUAGCUUUUGGGAUGUUAGAGAUAAUUUUAACUAUGAAAUGACCUUCCACACAAGGUUAGAGUAUAGGCAAAACUUCAUCCUCUAUGCAGAGUUCUGCACUACCUGGGUCACAGUAGAUACUGAAUCCAAUAUAUAUACCUGGAAUAUAGAAAAUGAGACUUGUAAGAAGCUGCCUAAGCAGCAUACUAAGCCCAUAAUCGACAUGAAAGAAAUCCCGCAGUACAAAGUUAUAGCGGCAUGCUCCCUUGAUAAGCUGAUUAUUCUUUGGGAUAUUGUUAAAAGACAUGCAGUACAAGAGAUCAAACUUGAUACAGUUUCUGUACACUCACUCGCAUAUUCUGUCGACUUUAGAGUGAUGUUCUCAGCAGGAUAUGAGAACCACAUCAAUAUAUGGUCUUUCGAAAGAUCAGAUUGCUAUCAUAUGGACCAACUGGGAGGACAUAAUGCCCAAGUAACUGCAAUAGAAGUUAUCAAAGAUACUCCUUUGUUAAUCAGUGCUGAUGAAAUAGGCUUCAUUAAGACAUGGGACAUCCGAAACUUAUCUUGUUUUCAGACUAUACAUUUUGAAAGCAAGGGAUCAAUCAGAUCUUUCUUGUAUGUAAACUCCCAAAAAUUGAUUGGAGCCGACAUUCGUCUUCAUUGGUUUGAAUUUGAAGAUCCUCUAUCAGUUAAUGCUAACGGCCUCGAUCUGUAUGGAAUCACACCAAUAGAUGCUAAAUAUAGCUAUGCAAACGACGAGAUUCUGAUUCUCACCAGGAGUGAUGUUAGAAUCAUAGACAUAUUCACUGGAAAAAUCAAGAAGAUACUUGCCAAUGUCAAAACUGAUGAUGCUGAUAUUUCUCAUCUGGAGCUGUACUUGAACCACAAGAAAUUCAUUCUUGGAGACACUAAAGGAAAUAUUAACACCUUCGAUAAGUUCAAUGGGACUGUUUACUCAAGGAAUGUAUGCCAUAAUACCGAAAUCUCUGGUGUCGUUGUGGACUUCCACAACAAGAUGGUGAUCUCUACUUGUCUAGAUUCAUCCAUCAUGGUGCAGAAGGAGACCUGCAAAUAAAUGUGAAAGAGUUAAAUAUGUCAAAAAUGCUCACUAUGGAGAGUUUAUCAACGCUAUGUGCUUCUCAGUGCACUUGAACUUAAUAGCUACCUCAGGAGGAGGAGUUAUCUUUACCUGGCAGUAUGAGUACAUGAAAUUGAUGGGAGCUUGUUCAAACAAUUUCCAUGAAGUCGUGUCUAUGUCCUUUAUCGAUCCUUACCCCUUUCUUGUGUCUCUGGAUAAAUCUAAUUCAAUUUGAUUUUGGAAAUUAUCGGAAGCAAACGUGUUAGAGUUUUACAUUCCAUUACAUAUAAUCCAUCUUGACGGAAUUGAUGAGCCAUUACAUAUGAAGAGCUUCACGCUGAUUCCUGGAGAUCUUGAAGAUAUUUCUUCGCCUCAGCAAGCUCUACCUUAUGUAAGAUGAUUAGAUAGAAGAUUCAAAGGAGGUUAUAUCGAUAAAGAAGAGAUUCUAGAUCCCACUACCUUCAAGAUUCUUGGUGAAGAAGAAAUUAAAGAAAUAGAGGAAGGAUACGAAAAAAUUUACCUCACAAGCCUUAAAGAAAAUCCUACUAACCAGGAAAGCCCUUCUCGGAAGAAAAAGAAGGCAAAAUAAGAAGAGGAAUCUUGAAAAAGUUGACAAGAUAGAGGAAGCUCAUACUCUUUGCUUAAACGAUGAUGAGGGUAACGUCCAUAUGGUUGAUGUCCAAAGGUUGAUAACUAAGUACAAUAUCAUCCCAGCCACAGACCAAACAAAGAGGUCUAACUACUUCCCUGCCAGGCCAGUACGAUCUGAGAAGAAUAACUUGUUCUCUAAUAAGGAAGAACUUAGAAAAGAGAUUAUUCAGAACACAGAAGAAUGUAAAAAUAUUGAAAAAUUAUCUGAAAUUUCCCCACUUUACCAUCACUCUUGGAACAUGUCUAGUGAGAUCAUUACAAUGAUGUCAAUCAUUGAAGUUCCAACUCAAAGAGUACUGUUUGAUCCUUCCAUAUCAAUGAAGGAUGCUUCUAAAACAACUCAUAAAUAUGUAGACCCGCUAGUGAAGAGCUCUAACAAGUUAAUUAUCACAUCUUCUGGAACAAAUUUGGUGAAAAUAUCCUCUGUUUUUGGUGAGCCAAUGUGAAAACUAAAUUUGGAUCAGCCUCUUCCAUACUCUUGGAGAUUAGUAGUUGAUAAAGGCAGUCAAGCCAUCACAGAAUUUCCAAAGGAACCGAGCGAAAUGAAUGAAGAGAGCAAUACUAAGUCAUUGAUCAGUAAUACCCUAUUUCCAAAAUCAGAGAGUAGCAUUAGUGAGAAGUUCAAUUCAGCUUCUUUGAUCAAAAGUCCAUCAUUCGAUAACACCAGCACCCAGAGUGAAGUUGGAACCUUCCAUGAGUUGUACCAAAAAGUGAACAAUCAAGAUAAAAGUUUUAAAAAUAACCAUAUGAAAAUGACGCUUAAGCAGCUCGGUAUUAAGAAAAAGGAAUACAUUGGAAAAGAUGAAGACGAACCAGCCAAGAAAACUAGCCAAAGGAAGAAUCUCAAGAACACCCAUCUCUUUGAUAGAGUAAUGGGCGAGAAAGGAGCCAGCAAAACCAUCAAUCAUGAAGAGUCCCUGUUCGAUAUGUUCAGGAAUGUAGGGUACGAUUCCCAUAACUUGGAAUCUAACCAAACUAUUUCCGCUAAGGAAUGGGAGACUGAGUUUGAUACAGAGUUUCAAACUAUAAAAGAAAAGCGGAAGCUAGAAGCCUCUGCUAAACAAAAGCGCUAUUUUAAGAAUAAAUUAAAAACCUCUGAGCCAAAUAUUACCCUUAAUAAGAACUUUUCUACUAAAAGUUUUAAUUCUCAUAUUGAUCUUAUGCGAAUGCCUACAAAGGCAACUUCUGGGUUCCAAAACCCCAAAGGCUCAGUAUGAGCGCCAAGCAUGAUGAGCAAAAUAGAGCCAAAAUAAUCUCAAAAAUAUAAUUAAGGAAUCAGGUUAUAAACCCAGUGGCAAGAAGCUAUUUGCUUCAUCUGAAAUUCCAGAAAAUCCUGAGCCUGUAAAUCCCAAGAAGAAAAAGAAAAUGAGGCAGAGUGCUAGCAUGGGGGAUAUCUCCAGGUCUAAACUACCCAAUGAAAGUUCACCAAAUAUGAACAAUACAUCGCGUUACUCGAAUCUCAACUGGAUCUCUUACUCCAAAAUGAAGGGUGAACAAAUGCCAGAGUUUAAGAGAACUUUACCGAAUUUAGACGAGUCCUGGAAUCAGAAAUAACAGUUAUAACAACCCUAAGAGAGAACGUAUGAACUUCCUCAAGCAGCUAGAGGCAAAGAGGAAGCAAUUCAAAUAAGGGCGUUAAAAGUGAUUUCAGACAGUUGCAAACAGACCCAAAUGCUGACCUUGACAUGCGCAUAAAGAACUUGAUGAUGGUUUCACAAAAUCCUAUGAAGACCAAAGCCUUUAAAGGCAAAGAACAAAAGAAGUUAUCUUUCCCUCAAAUCAGAAGAGACAAAUAUACAUAUCCAGAUGUAGGAUCUUAAGGAAGCCUUAAAGGAGUUUCAGUCUUAAGAUCAUAAAUUAAG